AUGCCUCUCUUCUCCAGCCGCAAACCCGAAGAGGAAGUCAUCCCAGAGCCCGCGCCGGUCCCCGAGAAGAAGCACGGACUGUUCGGCUCGCGCCACCGCUCACCCUCGCCCUCGUCGACCGUCCGCAGUAGCACGACCACCAACUCACGGGUCUCAGAUGCAUCCUCCAACCCCUCGCGCCACCGCAGCGUGCUCAGCCGCUUCGGCGGCGGCGGUAGCGGGGACAUGGACCCGUCGAUCGUGCAGGCGCGCGAGCGCGUCAUGGGCGCCGAGACGGCGGAGCGCGAGGCCGACCGCGCGCUCGAGGCGGCGCGCGUGCAGGUCCGCGAGGCCCGCGCCGAGGUCAAGCGCCUCGAGCUCGAGGCCGCCGAGGAAGCCCGCCGUGCCAAGAUCAAGCAGUACCACGCGCGCGAGGUGUCGAAGCGGGGGAAGCAGCUGGGCCGUCACGACCUGUAA